AAACACGGAAACCAUAAAGUAAUUGUAUAAUAAUAAAAUAUUUUCAUUUAUUCAAAAUGUUUUAGUGUGCACAAGCGUUUCAGUCAGCUUGACCCAGAGACUGUACGACUGGACAAGAAUGCAAAGUUACCAAUGAGAAAAAUACUUACUUUGCCUGAACUGCAUGUAAGAGAUCGAUUACUUUAUGAAUGAUUAUCAAGAGGCAAAUAAUUAUCAUAAAAUUAACCAAAUGUGGGUUACAGUGCUAAUAUAUGAACAACCCCUUAUUUCUGGUUAUACUUGCAGGUGAAUCCAUUUCGAGACCGUAUCUGCAAGGUGUUUUCCUCGUCUGGUGAUGGAGCACUAACAUUUGAAGAUUUUCUUGAUAUGAUGUCAGUGUUUAGUGAGGCUGUAAGUGCAUACAUGCAUGAUCUUAUCUAAUAACUGGAGUGUUUCAUCUUAGGAAAAUGUUCAUAAAGAAGCUAGCAGUCAGGAGAUCUUUGAUUGAAUAAUACUUGUAUUCAAGCAAAAAUAAAUAGUACCUUCAAUAACAGUGCUUACAUAAUAUUACGUACUAUACCCUAUUUUCAUUGGUGAAUUUGACAAUAUAUUUUGUACUGAUUAUGUAGGCCCCAAAGAGUGUGAAAGUGGAGUAUGCAUUCAGAAUAUAUGGUAUGAAUUAUUAUAAAACAACAACAUAAAACAUUCAUGUUGCUCAGAGGUACUCGGGCAUGGCAAUACUGCCCACACUCUAUUGUGUCUAGAAAUUUGACAAUCCUUUGUUCAUAUCUUUCUUAGAUUUCAAUGAGGAUGACUAUAUAUGUGAAAAUGACUUGAAGAAAAUGAUCACAAAACUUUGUGGAGAACAAAGACUGACUGAAGAUAGCAUUCAAAACGUGAUUGACAAAGUAUGCAUAAACAUUUUUUGCUACUUUAAAACUACAAAAGUGAUUGGAAACCAUAUUAAAUACAAUGUUAGACAAGCUAACGACUUUUUUACUCUUUUACAGAUAUUUAUUGAGGCAGAUUUGGAUGAGGACAAUCAACUUUCAUUUGCUGAAUUUGAACAUGUUAUAUCUAAAGCUCCAGAUUUUGUCGAGUAUGAUUUAAAACUCUUCUUUCAAGUGCCCUUAGGCCAUUUUUCCUUUCAAAACUGAGGAGACACUGGGGGGGGGGCAUAAUAAAAUAUACCAAAUCUGUGGCAUUCAGAUUAUCAUAAAACAUCUCUAAAAUGCCUGAAAUAGCAUUUUGAUUAGACCCCCCACACACACACUGACCUACACCCCCGCUCACUUACACCCCACCCCCACUCGCCCCCACCCCCACUCACCUACACCUCCCACUCACCUACACACCCCACUCACCUACACCUCCCACUCACCCACACACCCCACUCACCUACACCAGCCCCCACUCACCUACACCCCCACUCACCUACACCCCUGUAUUUUGGGCCAACUGUUCUCUCCAAUAUAAAUUGACUCCUAUAAGCAAACCUUCAAUAACUGGAAAACAUGAAUCAUUCUCAUAUAGACAAUGACAUUGAUCCUUUCUUUUUUAGCGCAUUUCGUAUCAGAAUGUAAUGGAUUGGAAAUAAAUGAACACUUUGUAUCUUGUAAAAUAGACUAUUUUUGUAUGAAAGUUUCCGUGACCAAACUAUGCAUAGCAAAGUCAUUGUCUUCGCAACCUGGAAACAAGUUUGAGAUGGAAAGGAUAUCUUAAAAAUCCAGUUUAUAUAUAUGUUACUUAAUUUAAAGGCUCAGUUCAGCCUUUUGAAUGAUGGUUUUUAAGGCGCAUUACAACCCUUUUAAUCGAAACUAGGAAAAUCAAUUAAGCAUAAUUCAAAAUCAGUGAACUCAAUGUUUUUAACAUUAAAAAUGUUAAAAAAAUGUUUAAAAAUAUUGAGAUCACUGAUCUUGAAUUAUGCUUAAUUGAUUUUUCUAGUUAGUUUUUUCGAUUAAAAAAAGAGUUGUAAUGCGCCUUAAAACCCAUCAUUCAAAAGGCCGAACUGUGCUUUAACUAUCGACAUUGUUAAUAUCAUUGGACAUUGACCAUGUAUAUUUUGUAAGAAAUAAAAUGUUUGUUAAAAACUGUAUUUAUAGUUUAUUUAAUCUAAAUAAAGUUGAGAACAUUGUAUUUUUUGCGCGGUAUUUCCACUAUUAACGCACUUACGCACAGAAAGCCUUUUCGUCUUACUGAAAAAAAUAUUGCAUUUUUUGUAACAGCUCCUGGUUAGGUGUGAUAAAUGUAUAAAAUCCACACUCGAAAUUUCUAUCCGACAAUUAUGGUGCACUAUUUACCCAUACAACACAGUACUAUUUACCCAUACUAUGCAAGUCACACAACGAAGAUACACCUGAAUGGCGUUGGACCCCCAUUUUAUCAAAGGACCAAAAGUGCCCUUUUUUGAUGAAAAGUUAUAAUGAGCUAAUGUCGCUAUAAUUCCUAUAAAUAACAUUGAAGGUGCCCUUUUUGUUUUCGAUGUUUUUAAAACAUUUUAGUCAAUAACGUCCAUUGCACCUUCCAAAUCUUUUGAUCAGUUCCUACGCCCAAUUCUAAGCAGGAGUAGAGCUAGAGGAUGCAGAGGUUUCACCGGUUGGAGUGAAGAUUUUUGGGUCUAAUAGUAAAUAACAGGCUAACUUUAACUUGUCUAACUUGUACAUGAUAGAAAUAAAACUAGCCCGACCUGAAAAUCGCCGUACUCUCCCAUGCAUCACAAAUGUCGACCCAUCCAUCGGCGUCGCUUUCAACAUGGCAAGUUUACUUAUAUCUUAUCGAAGAUUCUUGCUAAAAUAUAGAUGAAAAUGUGUCAAGAAACAAACAUAAACUCUGCCCAUUGAAUAAAAUACUGUAUGUUAAACGAAAAUCGAUAAAAUUGUAAGGCAAAAGCGAAGAAAUUUCACCAGAAGUCGGGCUCAUUUCAAUUCAUGAACAGUUCGCUUUAGAAAGAAAUCAAGUAUAUUGUCUGAAGUUAAUAUGGCUAUUAAUGUAUUUACCUUUCGUUCGAACACGAGUAAUUCAACUUCAAAGCAAGCCAUUUUGUACUUCUUUGUCGCUUUUAACUUCCAAUUUCAAGUUCUUUACAAGUCUUAAAAGUACUUCUUUCCCCAAGCAACUCGCUUAUUAGUAAAAAAUUUCAUCGGAAUGCAUCUUUCAGAGAAUACAGGGUUCUGGUUGGUGGAUAUUUACAAGAGUCACCCUGAUUGGUCAAACAAGCUCUACACGAUUGGUUUUUAUUCCCAUGGGAAUUCAAUGUGAGACCAACUGUGCGAGACCUUGCAUACAUUAACUGCUCAUAAAUAUUCACUAAAUUUAUAAACGCUUUUAUACUUUUACUGUGAUCACAGAAACUUUGAUAAUAUAAACCAGGGGGAUUUUCAGCAAGGAUUUUCUGCUUGAGCUGGAACUUUUUAUAGAAUUUUAAAUUUUAAAGGUAUUUUUCUUUGCUUUUUCUUGGCAAAUUCUUUCCGUUUUUGUGCGAACCCCCCUCCCCCCGGAUAGUUCGUCAAUACAUAUCAGUGACAAUUUUUGCUGCAAUUUCUUCUAGUACAAGUUUCUUCUUGGGAUGCAUGUGAACAAGGGGAGUUAGGAAUGUUCUGAGUGGAUGUAUCUUUUAUCUGAACAUCCACAAUUCCUCCACUCAGAAAACGAUAAUUGCAAAAACUGCCUGUGUAAAUGGGCCUCAAACUAAAACAUUCUGCCCUUAUGCCACAUAUCCCCUGCUCUUAUGUAAGGCCUUAAAAAAUAAUCUAACCACAAAUAAACACCAGCCAACAACAUUGUUCUACAAAUAUACCAUAUUACUACAAACAAAACUUACAUAAAAGACAAAAUAAUUCAAUGAUAUAAUAACAAGUGGAAUCAAAUUUCUUAUGUUAUCACAAAUUAGUUUCGUAUGCAAAAUCUACUUGGUUAAAUAUUUAUAUUUUUCACAUUUUCUAUAUAAUUAUAACAUCGUAUUUUAAGAUGCUGUAUUGAAGGGUAUGAACAUUUGAUUGAUCGUAAAAAGGGGAUGUUUUUGGUUUAAUUUCAACGUAAUUGGAAUUCUAUGAUGCUACGGACGUUGUUCAAGCAUUGCAACAAUUCACUUUUUUCUUGUCAGAGUCUGUUGUGGGCGCAACAUAAAUCGUCUGUACGUUGUUGCUAGGGUGGUUGCUUGAAGGAGUAUCACUGAUUUGUUUCUGUGAUACAAUGUGAUAGAUUUCUGCAAAAUAGAUUAGAGAAAGUUGGUCAGCACAUGUACUAUGAACUAGAGCCCAUACUAUAGAGCCUUGUGAUCGAGUAUCAAAAUCAAAUUCUUAUCAACAGGGUUUGUACAUGUCAGAGAAAGUCAAAUUCAAGAACUUUUCAAGGACAUUCAAGGCCAUGUAUCAGCAAAUUCAAUGACUAAAUACUGAAGAGAAGGGGUUAGAAAUCAGUAAAAUCUGACGUUGAAUUGUUCAACACGCAACUUUAAUGAAUUUCAAACAGCUUUCUCAGAUAUAAACAAACAAAAUCAAUUCAACAAAAUGUCCGUUUUGAAUGUCAAACAAUUUCAGAAAAUAUCCAUAAACUAAAGCAAGAAGAAUUUAAGGACUCUCAAGCACUUCUUUAUAAAUUCCAAGACAUUCAAGGCCUUGAAUUAUUGUUUUCAAAUUCAAGAACAUUCAGUUCUUUCAAGUUACAAACUCUGUAUCAAGAUAUUUAUAAAAUAGUUAAGAGAGAUGGUGUAAACAUGUUACUUGUUAUAAGAUAAUUGAAGAUUGUAAAGUCUCAAUAACAAAAUCAAUGCUGCAUAGCGAACAUACUUUUGAUAAGGGUAUAUCCAACUAGAACACAACGAUUAUCUGUAAAAUAAUAAUCUGAUGAAGUAAAGAGCUUUACCUGUUAAAAUAUUUUGGAAAGCUUGUUCAACAUUUGUUGAAUCUACGAUUGACGUCUCAAUAAAAGAUAGACUGUUCUUUUCUAAAAAAAAUACAACUGAAUUGUAAGUUAUAAACCUACAUAUUGGCUCCAUCUAUAUUAUGAUGGUUUUAUUCGGCAUAUUUUCACAACUAAACAAUGGAAAAGUUUGUUUGAGGAUCCCAGUUAUAAGUCACACUUAUAUUAAAAGAUGAUCAAUCAGAAGGUAUCUUGCUGAAUAAAUAAUCUAUAUUAGGGCGAGGCAGUUAUGGUAAAAAAAACAUCUGGAAAAAACCUGGCAUACUCAGAUGAUUGUCAAGUGGAAAUCUGAAGCAAAUUACCUGCGAAGGCUUUAGCCUCGUCAGUUGGGACCUCCCUAAGAUGCUGCGGAUCACAUUCAUUGCCAACUAACAUGAUGACAAUAUUACUGUCAGCAUGGUCUCGUAGCUCCUUCAGCCAUCUUUCCACACCCUCAUAUGUCGAACGUUUUGCAAUAUUAUACACUAACAAUGCACCCGCUGCAUAACGAAAAUACCUGUGGAAAUUAGAGUACAUACAUUACAGGGGCCGGUUGUUCAAAUUUGGAUUAGCACUAACCAAUUUAACCCGCUGUUUUAGUUUAUGUAUUUCUGCACGUCUAUAAGGUCUAUUUGUUUUAAAAGUUCAGAGAAGAAAACUCCAUCCAGACAAGAUUUUUAAAGAAAUAUUUCCUAAGUACAUUAAGCAACAUUUUCGUUUUUCACUUUAGCCUAUCAAGCUGCAUUAUGGCCGAUAAUUUGUCAUUCUACCAGGAAGAAGCGCUUUCCAAUUCGCCACGCGUCGCCCGCGCGUGCUCACAAAGAUGACUGGGGACGACUCGUCGGAUACUUAUUUUUAUUAUACUUUUGUGCAACACGGCAAAAACAAUUGAAAGAUUAUUGCUUUUAACUAUACAACAAUGAAUUUCCAAAAUAUGUACUGUAGGUAUGAUUUUGUGAGCUUUGAUUUAAUGUAAAAUUUAACCCUGAAUCGCUUCGUAAAAUGUUUUGAAAUGUACUUCAUUUUAAUAACUAAACUGUUUUGCCGAUGAACUGUUUUUACUUCAAACUGUUAGUAAUUUCAGUCUUCAAAUUAAUUUGCUCUCCUUUAGAUUUACUUAUAUUAGUUCUUCUUCUUCAAUGCGAAGCGCCGUUCCGGGCGUUAGCCCGGGGCGAGGAUACUAAUUCCACCCGGCUAUUUACAGCCUCCCGGGGAAAGGAAAGCAUUAGCGAAGUCUAAAGUUCAUAAAUGAUCGCGGGCGCGUGACUAUGGUUCAUGGGUGGGCCUCCUCUCACUGAUCUCAAAAAUAUGGCUGUUUGUCAGGAGUGGGAUAAGCACACACUGAGGAUAUUAAAGCAAGAUUUCAAUUUUCAAAUGCAUAUAUUUGGAAAAUUACGUUUCACACAAUUUAAGCUUUGAAGCAAUUUUUGUUUGAAGAAAUGAGAAAAAUUGAUUUACUACAUGAAAACGAGGCUCCUGCGCUGCCCAGGGGGAGCCUCGUUUUCGUGUUAAAGCUUAUUUGCACAUUUAUUGGUAAAAAUCCAAAAUUCUUUUUUAUGAUUGUGUUGAAGAAGAAUGUUCUGUUUUUCUCCCCAUAGCCCGUGAAAGGGAAAUUGAAAUCCAUUCCAAUUAAGGUGGUCCUAAGGGUGUAUUAAUUUAAAUCACUUUUAUCUAUAACAUUUACCGGUAGUACGUUAUUUUGUGCCAUUCUUUCACUAUAGUAUAUCAUCGUCAUUUAAAAAGCUCAUUAAUAAUUCAUGACGAAUUCUCGCCUUCAGCUCCAGUUUGUAUAUCAGAUAAAGAUCGGCUGCUCAUGUUUUAACAAAAACAUAAACAAAAGUAUAUAGUAUUAAGACUAUUAAUAAAACGUAGUAAUAUUUAUUAAAAUUAGCUAGGCUUGGAGAAAGUCUCCCCCCCCCCCCCGAAUGAUUUAAGGUAAGAUGCUCGUUAAUAUUCUGAACAUUAAUUAAUGCCAAGUUUCAAGUCUCGCUCGCUUUUCCAUUUCAAGUUCAAAACUGAUCUCAUAAUAAACUGGAUAGACCCUAGUCUACACACGUAAAAACACACAAGUUGUAACAAACCUGCAGCAGACUUGUUGCACUUGUCAAGAUGUGUUCGCACUGCUUGUUCCCAGCUUGUUGACAUGUUGUCAAUGGCUUGUUGGCAUGUUGUCAAUGGCUUGUUGACAACUUGCUGCAAGGUUGUUGAGCUCAACAGACUUGUUACAAGUUGUUCCAACAACUUGUUAUUGUCUUGCAAUUCAAUAAUUUGUCAACAAGUUGUGAGUGACAACCUUGUAGCAACUGGAUAAAAUAACAGCAUUGUUACAACUUGUUGACAAGCUUGCUACAAGCCUGUUGCAAACACAUCUUGUUGACAAGUUGUGAGAUUUGUCUGCACUGUGGUAGAAAGCAGAAUCUAUUUGUUGAUAGACUCUUCACCCUUGCACAUCACAAUAAGUAGCAUUUUACACCCGAACCAACUAAAUAUUGAAACUAAUUAAUUGAUAUAAGACCAGUCUUGACAUGAUUUUAUGUUCAACUCAUAAAAAGGCCCUGCUUACAAAAUGGCCUGAUGCCUAAAUAAACACACUAAAUAAAACUAUAUAAUACAAUGAAUUACUUACUGCCUAGUCACUGACAUGUAGCUUUCUUGCCCAGCUAAAAACACAAUUCAUAAAACAGAAAUCAUAUUAGCAAGUAGUAAAAGGUUGUCUGCACAAAAUAUUUGCCAAGGAUCAAUACUUGGGCCACUGCUGUUUCUAUUAUAUAUAAAUGAUAUUCAAAACUGCAGUAAAAUAGUUUCUAUUAUUCUAUUUGCAGAUGAUACUAAUGUAUUUUAUAGUCAUACCUGUCUAAAAACACUUAAUGAAGUCAUGCAAAUUAAUAGAAAUCAAUAAAAUAUCGGAUUGGCUGAAUAUAAAUAAAUUAUCUAUAAACACAGCGAAAACUAAAUUUAUGAUAUUUAGAUCAUCGAAGAAAAAACAAAAACAUUGUAACUAUUUCUAUAAAUGAACAAAUAAUUAAGCAAGUUAAAGACACUACAUUUCUAGGCGUUGUUAUUGACGAGUGCUUAACCUGGAAACAACAUAUUAAUUUAAUCUCUAAUAAAAUUAUAAAAGCAUCAAGUAAAAUUUCCAGAAUACGUCAUUUUACUAAUCUUAAUACUCUAAAGCUAGUUUAUUAUGCACUGGUCUAUCCAUAUCUGAUUUAUGGGAACCUAAUCUGGGGUAAUACGUAUAAAACAAGAAUUCAAAAGAUAAUGAAUAUACAAAAGAAAAUUAUGCACAUAACAAUUUCUAAGUCAUACUCUGAACACAUUGAAACUAUUUUCAAACAUUUAGAAAUACUAAACAUUUUUCAAGUGAAUGACUUUUUAACCAGUUUAUUUCUGUUUUGAUAUUUUAACUUAAAAAAUUUACCCGAAGCAUUUACCAACUAUUUCACACUUAGAUGUUCAUCAACACAAUAUAAGGAAAAAAUCACAGCUUCAUAAAUCUUAUAAAAGAACCAAUUAUGUAAAACAUACUCUUUCAAACAAGGGAGUGGAUAUUUGGAAUGGUUUAGAAAAAAUAUAAUUAUAUAAAAAUUUUAGAUCCCUUCAAUCUUUUAAAAAAAUAACUAAAAAGCAGUGCUGUAAGUAACUUCGUUACAAGUAACGAAAUUACAAGUAAUCGUUACUUUUUGAGUAACUGUAACGGUAACUAGUUACCUUUAAAAAUAAGGUAACUGUAACAAGUUACAUUUUGGCCUAAAAUGAAACGAUAACGUGUUACUUUUAUAGCCAAUGUUUAUGUUACUUUUUUCGUUACAUUCUUGCGGUUAAAACUUUACAAUUCACCUCUCAGUUCUCGAAAUUCUCCUCACAGUUUUCUACGACAACGCAUGCUUCAGUGCUUAACACAGUUGAGAGAUCCAUUAGUGGUAAGGUUACAUAACGUUUACAAAUCAUUAACGUCAAUCUGCUGACCACUAAUCAUUACGUUGAAAAAAACUGGGUUUUUUCUUACUUGAAGUAACUUAUAACUAGUUACAAAAAUAUUGAAGUAAUUUUGUAAUGGCAACUAGUUACAUUUUUUUAAGUGUAACUUUUACCAGUAACUAGUUCCUUUUUUGGGACUGUAACUGUAACUAGUUCCAAAAAAUGAGUAACUUUUACAGCACUGCUAAAAAGCACCUCUUGCAAAACUGCAGUAUUUAAUCUUAGACUUAAUAAACUAUUAAACUCCAAUUUCAUGUAUUUUGAACUUUUUGAAGUUUCUAUACGUAUACAUUGCAACUAUAUAUAUAUGUAUAUAUAUGUGUGUAUAUUUAAUUAUAUAUAAUAUAUAUGUUAAUAUGUACUAGCUAGGUAGUGCAUGGUUAUACAUGUAAUUUACAUUGCUACUAUGUAUAAUCAAUUGAACAAUCAACUUUGUAUAUAAGAUUAUAGACUAUAGUUAUUGUUUUGUUUUGAAAGUUUUGAACUGACAAAAUUUAAAUAGUUAAUCCUAAUCUAGGGGCCUUAAUAAAAAGCCUGUUGUUUUUUUUUGGGGAUUAAAAAUAAAAAAUAAAAACAUGGAGUAAAAACACAUCAUUAGGAACUUACCUAACCUGAAAUUCAGGCCCUACCAGAUGGACAGGAAUCCCACAGUUUAGACAGGUUUUGUAUCAGGCCCAUUGAACUAUAAAUAAACUGGAAGGCUAACUGCUAUGAUGAAGGCCUAUGAUUUGAUGAAGCCAAAAUAGUUUUUCUGAGUUAUGAGCAGAAAUACUUGACCCCAAACGUCGGGCUAUAUAUCAAAUUGAAGCUAUUGAAAAUUGCUAUUGAUUGAGCUAGAGACUUCAGCGAAAAAUGUUUAAAAAUGCAAAACAGCUGAAAUGGCAGGUGGUGGUGUGAUUGUGGUUUUCCAAUGUUUCCCUUUUAUUUAAAGUCUUGGGAAUUUUCUGUAAUGGAUUUUUCAAUAAACUCCAAUUAUAUAAUAACGUUCAGUGUUGAUGGCUAUAAUCAGAAAAAACAAAAUACACUCCCCAACCCCCCCCCCCCCCUGAGUUAGCCUUCCAGUUUAUUUAUAGUUCAAUGGUAAGGCCCUAUUUAAAAUUAGGGGCUGAACUUCAGGUUAGAACUUACCAGUAUCCCAAAAUUGACCUUUUAUCAUUUUAUUAUCGACUUGAACGCUUCUAAUCUUAAAGUCUAUGCCCAUAGUGCAUUUUGACUCUAAAUCAUUAAAAUCAAACCCGUUUGGCGUGAACCUUGUCAGCAACUCUGUUUUCCCGACGCCACAAUCUCCAAUUAAAACAACUAUAUACAAAUUUAAGACAAAAUAAAUUCUUGAUACUAAAUCGUACGAUUCAUGCAUUUAAAACUCAGUUCUUGUGCCAAAUUCAAAAUAAUCACCUUUGAAAAAGUAGUCACAUCUCUGCUCCGUUUCCAUAUUAUUUAUAUACGGUGGCCCACAAGUGCAACGUCAAUAAUAAAUCAGAUAUCAACUUAAAUUUCAUAACUUCAAAUUCAAAUUCCUCACUCCAGAUUCAAAAUCAUCACUCUAAAUUCAAAUUCCUCACUUCAAAUUCAAAUUCCUCACUUCAAAUUCAAAUUCAUCACUCUAAAUUCAAAUUCCUCACUCCAGAUUCAUAUUCCUCACUCCUCAAUCUCAAAUAAACUACAAUACUUCAUUUAAGGCCGUUUUCCACUAGGCGAAUUUUUUCGCGCGACGCGAAGCGAAAACCGAAAUCCGGCAACGUGAUUGGUCGGCGAAAAAAUUCGCGGCGAAAAAGUAGGAUCGCUUCCUACUUUUUAUCUGUUCGCGCGAAUAAAUUCGCCUAGUGGAGAACGGGCUUUACACACCGUUAACAGAAUUGAUAGCAAAUUCAAUAGAAGUUACUAUCGCAAGGAAAGUGCUGCCUCAUCCCCAAGGGAUCGAAGGCAGCAUGCGCAAUUUGCUAAAUAAGGGGCUGUUUGCCAAGACGAGAUAUGACACCUCCCACUCAUCACGUCUCUUUAUCCAAAAUUUUGGAUAAAACCCUAUUCUCAUGAAAUCAAUCCUAUACUUGAUAUGCUCGGCAUAUACAGCUAUAAUAUUUCCUGUUGCAAUGAGGGGGUGCGAAUACUUGCAUAAUACAGAAGCAAUGUAUCCAACAUAUGUGUGACACGUGUCAAUCCAAUUCCAUAUGAUCCCGCAUGGACGCAGCCCCACAGAGAUAAUAAGUGUAAAAUAACUAACAACUGGAACGUUUUUUCUUUGUUUGAAAAAGGAAAAUGUCCAUAAUAGAAAUUAAAAUCUGGAGUAGCAUUCCUGGCAAGUAAGAAACAGCGAAUCUUUAAAUUCUUUCAAUAGAAAUUUUCCUGUUAGUCUGACGAAUUAGCUAUUUGACUAUUGUACCAUUUGUUUUGUAAUAUGUAUUUUGUAUUCGUAGUUCUUAAUAUUAUUAGUGAUUUUGUAUUUUAUAUAUUUUUGUAACAGAAAUGAUCUACGCCCCUCUUGGAAAGAAUCUUCGGUUGCAAUCUCGUACCCAGAGUAUGCCCGUUCGCAGGUUAGGUGCUGGAUGCUACGAGAUUGCUUCGGUUGAAGUAAAAUUGUAGUGGGCGUGGCCAAAAUAGAUAUGGAUAAGUCUAAAAUGCAUGAAAUAGCGUUUCAAUUAGACCCCUUGUGCAAACUGUUUCUCUCCAAUAUAAAUUAACCCCUAUAUUAAGCAAACCUUCAAUAACUGCAAAACAUGAAUAAUUUUUUAUAUAGACAAUGACUAUAGGGCCAUUUAUACGGAACAAAAUAAGACGCGACUUACAUAAGACGCGACUUAAGUAAGACGCGAGUUUGUCGUAUAAAAGGUACAAAAUUCUUAUGUAAGACGCGUCUUGGAUAAGACGCGUCUUACAUAAGAACAGGUCUUUUAGCUGUUCUUAUUUAAGUCGCGUCUUAAAUAAGAAAUUUUGGGCAAAAAGUCUGACUACACAUGCCAGAAACUUGAAACAACGUAAAAUUAUUAGCCUUGCAUAUUAAAACAAAAACAACCAAAACAACAUUAUAGCUAUAGCAAAUAAAUAAGACCAAAGCCGUAGAGAACCAUUUAUGCGAUAACUCCGCUUAUUUAAGUCGCGUCUUAUGUAAGUCGCGACUUAUUUUGUUCCGUAUAAAUGGCCCUAUUGUUCCUUUCUUUUUUAGCGCAUUUCGUAUCAGAAUGUAAUGGAUUGGAAAUAAAUGAACACUUUGUAUCUUGUAAAAUAG